UGCUGGUGGGUAGGUAACUAAAUAACACGAAAUGUGCAUAAUUUUGCACUGUUUCCAUAGAAACCAGAUAAAUAUUUCAAUCCCCAAUCAUAUUAAAAUGUUGGGCGAAUUUUGAACAUGAUUUUAAAUAUGUUUUGAAAACAUUUACUUUAGUAUUGUAUCGAGUUUUUCGCAGUGAGAAGCAUCUCAGAAGUCACUACCAUAGCUACUAAUCAUGGCUAUACGAAAUCCGCGUUUACCAUUACUGCCUGGAUAUGGCACUAAUCCUAUGAUCGGCAAGACAAAUUUCGGCGUCCGACCAAUAUUCACGACUAUCGAUAAAGUAAACAUGUUGGUGGACAAGCCGGAGGGGGUGAAUCGCGUGCCUUCGCUGUAUUGUAGAAAACAGGCGCCGGAUCUGCCCACUUGGGUUAUGUUUGAUAAGAAUAUUCUGCGAUUUCAAGCAUUUUUCCAACAAACUUUACUAGAAAGUCGUGCAUCCAAUAAUAUUUUGCGCAAAGUCGUUAUUCUAUUCUUUCUUGAAGAUGGCACUAUAAAGGUGAUAGAGCCUAGAACUGAAAACAGUGGGUUGUCACAAGGUACACUUAUAAGUCGGCAAAGAAUUCGCCUUCCAUUUAGCUAUGAUUUAUAUUAUGAUGUCCUUGAUCUCAAUAUUGGGCGAGAAGUUACUUUCUUUGGAAAAGUAUUCAAGAUCGUUAAUUGUGACAACUUCACAAGGGUGUUUCUGAAUCGCCUUGGAAUCAACGUUCCUGAUCCAAUAAAUUGGCCAGAUUCUAUAGAGAGAACACCAGAUACAUCGAAGCCACCCAAGCAUCGGCCAUUUCGACAGUUCCUGGAUUUUGAUAGACAAGUUUUAAGAUUUCAUGGAUAUUGGGAUGAUCGAGAUUCUGAAUUCGGUACCAUACAUCUUUUAGAGAUACAUUACUUUUUGGCUGAUGAUACUAUAGAAAUUAAGGAAGUGCUUCCGCCAAAUUCAGGAAUGGAGGCUGGACCUAUGUUUUUAAAAAGAAUGAGGGUACCAAGAAAAAUUCCAUCGCAUAUUGAGAUGACCGGAGGGCCACAGUUUGCGUCAUAUACCCCCGCAGAUUUGAGUAUAGGAGCUGUUAUCAACGUUUACGGAAGGAAGGUCGUUCUCACUGACUGCGAUCCAUUCACCAAGGAGUAUUACCGUGUUACAUAUGGAUUUGAUGCCUUUACUCCUUUGCCCUUGCCAAAAGAUGAAGGCACAGAGUGUAUAUCAACAAAUGUGGCGGAACGGCAGCUGCCGCCGUGGAACGGUUAUGGUUCUUAUGACGAUUCGGCUGAAAAUUGUCGAACUGUUGAACCAAAAGCACCACAUAGGGAUUUUAUGAAAUUUCUUAAUAAAGACAGGGUUGGAUUUGACUCCCACAUACUCCGUUUUGCCGCGAGGUUAAUUAAUGACAACCCUGUGGAUGCACAACGCUACUUUAUAAUCAAAUAUUUUUUGUGUGAUGACACCAUUGGAAUUUUUGAACUUGGCGAGCGUAACUCUGGUUUUAAGGGCGGAAGAUUUUUCAGGCGUGAAAAAAUGUACUUACCAGACGUGGAAUUUUUCGUGCCAAAAGAACCCCCAGCGUACACGGACAAGGACAUGUGGGUGGGCAAUGAGCUGGUCAUCAACAAGCACCGCUUCCGACUCAUUGCGGCCGAUGAAUAUGCUUUAAGAUACAUGGAGCUUCAUUCUAAUGAGUAUCCUAUGGCAAAUGUUCCUUUGAUAAUGGACAAGAUUCGCAGGACGCUGGCUUCUAAGGAGAACGGUUACAAAAAUUUUGUAGCAAAAUACAUGGAAGCCGUCUUACCUAACAAGAAGGAGCUGAUGUCUGUUAGAUGCUUCAAGCAAGCGUUAAAAGAAAUCAUGUGUGAAAAAAUGACUGAACAUGAAUUUUUGACUCUAAUACGAUACUUUCGAGGUGAUCCCGGAAAAGAGAAGAGUCCUCGUCGAGAGAUGAUCAGAUCGUUAGUUUUUUCGGAGCUAACACGCGGUUUGUGGGACGAUCGAGUGCGUUUGUGGGAAGGUCUUAUGCACGCAGAUGUCAACCGGUCGGGAGUGUUGCCGGCGGAACAGCUGCGACAAAUAUUACGCGCGCACAGACUGCCAAUCAACCGAGACUUAAUGGACUGUAUGUUGCAAGUGCUUGAAAAGGAUGAAAACUGUAACAUACGAUACGAAGAUCUGAUGUCAUUCCUGGACUUCCAAACUAGACCCGUCUUCAAUCUCACUGAAGAUGACUACAUAAAGAUUGUGCGUCACGCACCGCCGAUAAAGGAUACAGAGUGUAAACUCUGGGCAGAUGCGGAUACAGAAAUAGAUGACGGUUACGUCAAUUGGGAAGCAUUUUUGUGCCAACUGAACCUCGACCACCUCGUUAAAGAACAAACCCAAUAAAGGAAAUCGGAUAACUUCCUUACUUCAUAAUUAUCCUACUUAUGACUCAAAAUAUAAUUUAAAAUUAUAUUAAGGUAUAACUUAAAACCCAUUUAACAUCACUUGUUUUCCUAAUUUUUUAGCAUUUAGUUUAACUGACUGAUAAGUAAUUUAUAAACUAUUUUGAUAUUGAGUUUUUAGGGAAGUUUAUCGAAAUAAAUUUUUGCAGUUUUCUUUGCAUUUUCAUCUACAGGGGUUUUAACUGACAAACCUAGACUUAUUUAUCUAAGAAAAAUUGAUUUUUCAUGCCUUGGAAAUGUACCUAUGAGUGAAAUCAGUAAGUAUAUAUAAUACUACCUGUAUACAUAUGUAAAUGUAACAGUGUGUCUGUGUGUUGGCUCUUCAUGCCUCAAUCGAUGACGAAAAUUAUAACAUAGCAGGCGUUCUGGAGACUAGGUAGGUACCUAUGGCGCUGAAAAUCAGAGUUCGCAUGGGAUUUAAAAAAAAUCAGCCAGGAAUAAAUAAAAGAUAUAGAUAUAAGUUCUCAAUUGGUAUAUUUUGAUCACAAUAAAUAUAACUUUUCUUUUUCUCACUUUUUACAACUAAUGAAGAGAUGGUCUAAUACAUAAUCACUAUUGGAAACACAUUUUCACAACAUUGAAAAUAAUUAUUCUUGUAAAAUUCUAUGUGAUGCAGAUGAUUAAAAUGUCGCAAUGAAUUUGUAUUGAUGAUAACAAUAUUAUGUGUAGAGAGAAACACGGCACGCAGCUUAAUGCGUUUUACAUGAUAAUUUUAUUAACUACGUGUUUGGCAACUAUUACAAUAAAUAACUUAAAAAUAAAUGUAAUUACUAAAUGACUUCUUUCCACCCACAGUUUAAACCUUUAAAACAAUAUAAACAUACGCUUUUUUAAUUAGGUAGGUAAAUUGCAGCGUGGAUGACAAAUUUCAAGUUUGUAUAUU